AUGUCCUUAGAGAAGAAGAAAAAUGCCCAACUAAAUGAAGAGUUUGUACAAGAAGUGGAAGUCAUCGAAAUCAAUGGAGUUCUUAUGAUCAAGACAAUAAGUGAUAAUUGGGACCCAAUUUGGAACUUCCAAGCCAAGCCUAAUGAUCUACUCAUUGCAAGUUACGUCAAAGCAGGCACAACCUGGAUGCAGGAGAUUGUAGACAUGAUCCAAAAUGAUGGAGAUGAAAAGAAGUGCCAGCGAGCUAGCACCUAUGAUAAGCACCCUUUUAUUGAGUGGAAACCAGAUUUACCCCUCUUACCCGGUCUGGACCUUGCUAUGAAAAUGCCUUCUCCAAGAACACUGAAGACACAUCUCCCUGUCCAGUUGUUACCACCAUCCUUCUGGAAACAAAAUACAAAAAUCAUUUAUGUGGCAAGAAAUGCCAAAGAUAGUGUCGUGUCUUACUACCACUUCUCAAGAAUGCUUAGAAUCUAUCCUAGGCCAGGCACCUUAGAGGAUUUCAUUAAGAAAUUUAUGAAUGGAAGAGUGCUCUGGGGUUCCUGGUAUGACCAUGUGAAGGGAUGGUGGGAUAAAAAGGACAAACACCCUAUUCUUUACCUGUUCUAUGAAGACAUGAAAGAGAACCCAAAGCGGGAAAUCCAGAAGAUUUUAAAGUUCCUGGAGAAAGACUUAUCAGAGGAAAUUCUCAAUAAGAUCAUCUAUCACACCUCUUUUGAUAUCAUGAAAGAAAAUCCCAAGGUAAACUAUACCACCAUUCCUAGAGCUGUGAUGGACCACUCCAUUUCCCCAUUCAUGAGAAAAGGAAUGACAGGGGACUGGAAGAACCAUUUUACUGUUGCCCAGAACGAGAAAUUUGAUGAGGAUUACAAAAAGAAGAUGAUAGGAACCUCUUUGAUCUUUCGCACUGAGAUCUGA